AUGGCGGUGAAUUACGCGGCCGGGCUGUCUCCGUACUCGGACAAGGGCAAGUGCGGCCUCCCCGAGAUUUUUGACCCUCCGGAGGAGCUGGAGCGGAAGGUGCAGGAGCUGGCAGAGCUGAUCCGGAGCUCCUCCAAUGUGGUGUUUCACACAGGGGCAGGGAUCAGCACAGCCUCAGGCAUCCCUGACUUCAGGGGCCCCAAUGGUGUCUGGACCAUGGAAGAGAAAGGGCUCUCCCCAAAAUUCGACACCACCUUUGAGAAUGCCAGGCCCUCCAAGACUCACAUGGCGCUGCUGGGGCUGCAGAGAGUGGGAAUCCUGAAAUUCCUGGUCAGCCAGAACGUGGACGGCCUGCACGUGCGGUCAGGAUUCCCACGGGACAAGUUGGCCGAGCUCCACGGGAACAUGUUUGUGGAAGAGUGCGUGAAAUGUGGGAAGCAGUACGUGCGCGACGCCGUCGUGGGCAGCAUGGGGCUCAAGCCCACGGGGCGCCUCUGCAGCGUCACCAAGGCCCGGGGGCUGCGGGCCUGCAGAGGGAAGUUACGAGACACUAUUCUGGACUGGGAGGAUUCCCUGCCCGACCGUGACCUGACACUGGCAGAUGAAGCCUGCAGGAAAGCCGAUCUCUCUGUCACCCUGGGGACCUCUCUGCAGAUCAAACCCAGCGGGAACCUCCCACUGAUCACCAAGAAGAGAGGAGGGAAGUUGGUCAUUGUCAACCUCCAAGCAACCAAACAUGACCGCCAGGCCGACCUGCGCAUCCACGGCUACGUCGAUGAGGUGAUGACCAAGCUGAUGAAGCACCUGGGGCUGGAGGUGCCCGAGUGGACGGGGCCGGUGGUGGUGGAGAGCUCGGAGUUGGCCAAGGCUGAGCUGGUGAAGGCUGAGCAGCUGCAGGGCCGGCUGAAGGAGGAGCCCCUGGGCCAGCACAAUGGCACCACGGUGCCGUGUCCCGGGAAGGCGCCGCGGGAGCGCCGGGAUGGGCUCAAGCUGGAAUGUCCCAGCCCGGACACGGGGCCGACGCCGGUGAAGAAGAUGAAGGUGGAACCUCUCCUCACCUGACCUGGACUGUCCCUGUCUCACCUGGGCUGCUUUUCCUACCGACUUUUUUUAUACCCU